AUGGUCAGUUUAUCAUUUUGGAACUUUGAAGAGACUAUGUUAGGUCAAGGGUUCAGCCUUCAAAAAAGUCAUUUUUUUUAUGGACCAGUGUUGCAGGACUUGGUGUUAGUGGAUGUGACACCUCUCUCUCUUGGUGUUCGGAAAAGUGGAGGUGUUAUGGAUUUGUUGCUCCCAAGAAACACAACCAUUCCCACCAGUAUGGAAAAGGUUUACACUACCAAGUUUGAUAAUCAAUCAAGUGUGUUGAUUCAGGUGUAUGAGGGUGAGAGAACUAAAAGCGUCAACAAUAACUUGUUGGGUGAGUUUGUGUUAGAUGAUAUUCCACCAGCACCUCGUGGUGUUCCUCAUUUGACAGUAAGCUUUGAUAUGGACGCAGACGGUAUAUUGAAUGUGUCAGCCAAGGACAAGGAAUCAGGGAACACAAAUAUGAUCGAAAUUGCAAGUAACAAGGGGAGGUUGUCAGCGGAUGAGAUUCAGAGAUUGAUCCAAGAGGCAGAGACUUUCAAAUUAGAAGAUGAAAAACACGUCAAGAAGGUGAAGGCUAUGAAUUCCUUUGAAGAUUACGCACACAACAAUCAACAUGAAGGAGAUGAAUCAGAUGAUAGGAAAAUGUGGAUGGAAGCUGACGCCGAAUGA